AGUUUAAUUAAUGAACAUAAAAAUCUGCUUGAACUAAAUCCUCUGAAACACUUGAAGUAUUGAAGUUUCAUUUCAUCGCAAUAGAUGGUUUGAAAAUGGAGCAGGAGAUCGGGCCAGCUGUGUCGGUGUCAGAGACGAACAUAACCGAUUCCAUUGUGCAAGACUUGAGCGUGAAUAACGCUGCAGAAGUCUCUAUGACAGCAGAAUGUUCGGAAAUCGCAAAUGUAGACGAAGCAUCUGUGAUAGCAGAACAGGCGACUGUGACAGCUAGAGAUGCCGUCAUUUCUGCGGAUCAAUGCCACAUCGAAACCAACAUAACUGGUUCCACAGUGCAUGACUUGGACAUCGAAACUGCUGAAAAUGUCUCUGUGGUCGCAGAGGUAGCAAACAUAGCAGCGAGUAACGAGACGAGUAUACAGGCAGAGGAGGUUUCUGUUUCCACUGAGCAAGCAAACGUUACAGCAGCGGAGGCAAUUAUCUCCGCAAAUGUACUUCAACAAACCAACAUUAAUGAAACCAACAUAACUGGUUCUACAGUGCAAGACUUGAACAUCAAAACUGCUGAAAAUGUCUCUUUGGUCGCAGAGGUAGCAAACAUAUCAACGAGUAACGAGACAAGUGUGCGAUCUCAGGAGGUUUCUGUUUCCACUGAGCAAGCAAACGUUACGGCAGCGGAGGCAAUUAUCUCCGCAAAUGUACUUCAACAAACCAACAUUAAUGAAACCAACAUAACUGGUUCUACAGUGCAAGACUUGGACAUCGAAACUGCUGAAAAUGUUUCUUUGGUCGCAGAGGUAGCAAACAUAUCAGCGAGUAACGAGACAAGUGUGCGAGCUGAGGAGGUUUCUGUUUCCACUGAGCAAGCAAACGUUACGGCAGCGGAGGCAAUUAUCUCUGCAAAUGUAAUUCAACAAACCAACAUUAAUGAAACCAACAUAACUGGUUCUACAGUGCAAGACUUGGACAUCGAAACUGCUGAAAAUGUCUCUUUGGUCGCAGAGGUAGCAAACGUAGCAGCGAGUAACGAGACAAGUGUGCAAGCUGAGGAGGUUUCUGUUUCCACUGAACAAGCAAACGUUACGGCAGCGGAGGCAGUUAUCUCUGCAAAUGUACUGCAACAAACCAACAUUAAUGAAACCAACAUAACUAAUUCUGCAGUGCAAGACUUGGACAUCGAAACUGCUGAAAAUGUCUCUUUGGUCGCAGAGGUAGCAAACAUAGCAGCGAGUAACGAGACAAGUGUGCGAGCUGAGGAGGUUUCUGUUUCCACUGAGCAAGCAAACGUUACGGCAGCGGAGGCAAUAAUCUCCGCAAAUGUACUUCAACAAACCAACAUUAAUGAAACCAACAUAACUGGUUCUACAGUGCAAGACUUGGACAUAGAAACUGCUGAAAAUGUCUCUUUGGUCGCAGAGGUAGCAAACAUAUCAGCGAGUAACGAGACAAGUGUGCAAGCUGAGGAGGUUUCUGUUUCCACUGAGCAAGCAAACGUUACGGCAGGGGAGGCAAUUAUCUCUGCAAAUGUACUUCAACAAACCAACAUUAAUGAAACCAACAUAACUGGUUCUACAGUGCAAGACUUGGACAUCGAAACUGCUGAAAAUGUCUCUUUGGUCGCAGAGGUAGCAAACAUAUCAACGAGUAACGAGACAAGUGUGCAAGCUGAGGAGGUUUCUUUUUCCACUGAACAAGCAAACGUUACGGCAGGGGAGGCAAUUAUCUCUGCAAAUGUACUUCAACAAACCAACAUUAAUGAAACCAACAUAACUGGUUCUACAGUGCAAGACUUGGACAUCGAAACUGCUGAAAAUGUCUCUGUGGUCGCAGAGGUAGCAAACAUAGCAGCGAGUAACGAGACAAGUAUACAGGCUGAGGAGGUUUCUGUUUCCACUGAACAAGCAAACGUUACGGCAGGGGAGGCAAUUAUCUCUGCAAAUGUACUUCAACAAACCAACAUUAAUGAAACCAGCAUUACCGGGGCUGCUGUUCAAGAUAUGAGCAUAGAAAGUGCGAAAGAUGUUUCGGUGAUCUCUGAAUAUACAGAAAUAGCGUCGCAAAAGGCAACUGUUCAAACAGUAGAGGCAACUCUCUCUGCAGCAGAAACUCAUAUUUCUGCAGAGACUUUGCAACAAACCAACAUAACAGAAACCAGCAUUACCGGAGCUGCUGUUCAAGAUAUGAGCAUAGAAAGUGCGAAAGAUGUUUCGGUGAUCUCUGAACAUACAGAAAUAGCGUCGCAAAAGACAACUGUCCAAACAGUAGAAGCAAAUGUUUCGGCAACCGAAGCUCACAUCUCGGCAGAGACUUUGCAACAAACCAACAUAACUGAAACCAGCAUUACCGGGGCUGCUGUUCAAGAUAUGAGCAUAGAAAGUGCAAAAGAUGUUUCGGUGAUCUCUGAGCAUACAGAAAUAGCGUCGCAAAAGGCAACUGUUCAAACAGUAGAGGCAACUCUCUCUGCAGCAGAAGCUCAUAUUUCUGCAGAGACUUUGCAACAAACCAACAUAACAGAAACCAGCAUUACCGGGGCUGCUGUUCAAGAUAUGAGCAUAGAAAGUGCAAUAGAUGUUUCGGUGAUCUCUGAACAUACAGAAAUAGCGUCGCAGAAGGCAACUGUUCAAACAGUAGAGGCAACUUUAUCUGCAGCAGAAGCUCAUAUUUCUGCAGAGACUUUGCAACAAACCAACAUAACAGAAACCAGCAUUACCGGAGCUGCUGUUCAAGAUAUGAGCAUAGAAAGUGCGAAAGAUGUUUCGGUGAUCUCUGAACAUACAGAAAUAGCGUCGCAAAAGACAACUGUCCAAACAGUAGAAGCAAAUGUUUCGGCAACCGAAGCUCACAUCUCGGCAGAGACUUUGCAACAAACCAACAUAACUGAAACCAGCAUUACCGGGGCUGCCGUUCAAGAUAUGAGCAUAAAAAGUGCAAAAGAUGUUUCGGUGAUCUCUGAGCAUACAGAAAUAGCGUCGCAAAAAGCAACUGUUCAAACAGUAGAGGCAACUCUCUCUGCAGCAGAAACUCAUAUUUCUGCAGAGACUUUGCAACAAACCAACAUAACAGAAACCAGCAUUACCGGAGCUGCUGUUCAAGAUAUGAGCAUAGAAAGUGCGAAAGAUGUUUCGGUGAUCUCUGAACAUACAGAAAUAGCGUCGCAAAAGACAACUGUCCAAACAGUAGAAGCAAAUGUUUCGGCAACCGAAGCUCACAUCUCGGCAGAGACUUUGCAACAAACCAACAUAACUGAAACCAGCAUUACCGGGGCUGCUGUUCAAGAUAUGAAAAUAGAAAGUGCAAAAGAUGUUUCGGUGAUCUCUGAGCAUACAGAAAUAGCGUCGCAAAAGGCAACUGUUCAAACAGUUGAGGCAACUCUCUCUGCAGCAGAAGCUCAUAUUUCUGCAGAGACUUUGCAACAAACCAACAUAACAGAAACCAGCAUUACCGGGGCUGCUGUUCAAGAUAUGAGCAUAGAAAGUGCAAAAGAUGUUUCGGUGAUCUCUGAGCAUACAGAAAUAGCGUCGCAAAAGGCAACUGUUCAAACAGUAGAGGCAACUCUCUCUGCAGCAGAAGCUCAUAUUUCUGCAGAGACUUUGCAACAAACCAACAUAACAGAAACCAGCAUUACCGGGGCUGCUGUUCAAGAUAUGAGCAUAGAAAGUGCAAUAGAUGUUUCGGUGAUCUCUGAACAUACAGAAAUAGCGUCGCAAAAGGCAACUGUUCAAACAGUAGAGGCAACUCUCUCUGCAGCAGAAGCUCAUAUUUCUGCAGAGACUUUACAACAAACCAACAUAACUGAAACCAGCAUUACCGGGGCUGCUGUUCAAGAUAUGAGCAUAGAAAGUGCUAAAGAUAUUUCGGUAAUCUCUGAACAUACAGAAAUAGCGUCGCAAAAGGCAACUGUUCAAACAGUGGAGGCAAAUGUGUCGGCAACCGAAGCUCACAUCUCGGCAGAGACUUUGCAACAAACCAACAUAACUGAAACCAGCAUUACCGGAGCUGCUGUUCAAUAUAUAAGCAUAGAAAGUGCGAAAGAUGUUUCGGUGAUCUCUGAACAUACAGAAAUAGCGUCGCAAAAGGCAACUGUCCGAACAGUCGAGGCAACUCUCUCUGCAGCAGAAGCUCAUAUUUCUGCAGAGACUUUGCAACAAACCAACAUAACAGAAGCCAGCAUUACCGGGGCUGCUGUUCAAGAUAUGAGCAUAGAAAGUGCGAGAGAUGUUUCGGUGAUCUCUGAACAUACAGAAAUAGCGUUGCAAAAGGCAACUGUUCAAACAGUAGAGGCAACUCUCUCUGCAGCAGACGCUCAUAUCUCUGCAGAGACUUUGCAACAAACCAACAUAACUGAAACCAACAUUGCCGAUGCUGUUGUUGGGGAUAUGAAGGCAGAAAACAUUCAUGUCGAAAAUAUAGUUGUGCAAUACGUUCUAUCCGGACAAGCUGAGGCAUUAGCCGGCUCCUUAGCGCCAUCAACAUUGGGUUGGAUCCGUCAGGCACAGCAGACCCCAGUUCGGUCAAUGGCAGCAGCAGAUGAUGCCGGGCAGGCAGUAACCGUUCGGGAGGAUAAAAAGAUUUCAGGACAAGCUGAGGCAUCAGCCGGCUCCUUAGCGCCAUCAACAUCGAGAUGGAUUGGUCAGGCACAGCAGACCCCAGUUCGGUCAAAGGCAGCAGCAGAUGGUGCCGGGCAGGCAGUCACCGUUCGGGAGGAUAAAAAGAUUUCAGGUUCAGGAAAAUCAUCUUCUAAAAACUUCUUCCAAAAACUUAAAGAUAAGAAAGCAAAAGAAGAAAUACUGAGAGGUAGCUUGAACGAACAACUGAAGGAAACAAACGAUUCAACCGCUUUGAUGGAAUUGUUCGGAGCUUUGUACGAGUCGAAUGACGAUGAAUUGAUUCGAUCCCACGUUCGUGAUAUCGAUUUCAAGGAAGCAACAAUCAAUCCCAGUGGAAUGCUGGCAAUAUCGUCAGUUAUGCGUCGAAGUGGAAAUCUAAAUCUUCUGCGUUUCUCCGAAUGCAAUCUCACCACAGAGCUAUUUGAUAUCAUGAUGUCGAAUCUGAAGGAUUCCCAGCUCAAGGUCAAGAAGUUUGUCCUGGGCAACGAACUCAAUGCUGAAUUAUUUGCUUCUGUUACAAAAUUCACGGAAUCUUACGUUGAUGAAGUGGUGUUGGAAAGGAACGUAGGAAAGGAUGAAGUUGGAAUCAUCAGUAGAAGCGUUAUUUCUAAGAAAGUGUUUAUCAGCAAGAUAGAUCUGUGGGAUAUCAAGAUGUCAGAACAACUCAGCAUUGAAACUGGAAUCGUUUGUUCCAAGUACAAUGUUGAAUGUCUGCAUCUGAUCGAUGCUAACUUGAGAGAGAUUCAUCUUCGUAAUUUCUUGAAACAUGUUGGGAAUGGUAAAUUGAAGGAACUCGAUGUCAGCCGCAAUAGAAAUCUUGGUGUUGGAGGGAUGGGAGUCACAGGUAUUAUUGUGUCACAAUGGGAAGUAGAGAAGGUUGUGAUGCAGGGAUGCAAUCUGACAGCGGAAGCAAUGAAAGCAUUCAAAGAAAAUGUUCGGGAUGCAAAGUUGAAGAAACUCGAUGUCAGCUACAAUGGAAAUCUUGGUGUUGAGGGAUUGGCAGUCACAGGUAUUAUUGUGUCACAAUGUGGAGUAGAGAAGGUUGGAAUGGAGGCAUGCAAUCUGACAGCGGAAGAAAUGAAAGCAUUCAAGGAAAAUGUUCGGGAUGCAAAGUUCAAUUGGUUGGAUCUGAGUCUCAACAAAGUCAGCGAACUAGGAGACGAAGGAUUAUCUACAAUCAGUGAAAUUGUUCAUCAAUGUCAGGUUCAAACAUUGAAGAUGGAAUACUGCCGCUUCAACGAUGAUCAGUUGGGAAGAUUCGAAGCAUUGAUCGCUGAUACCGGGGUUGAUUCCAAAGGCUUCUAA